AUGAGAGAAGGCCGCUGUCGUAGUAGAAGUGGUAGGUUCAAACGAUGCCGCUCCGGUGACCGCCGGUACAGGGUGCGGCAGUGCAGCUGCCGGCGGCGCAGGCGCUACGGCCGGCGUAAGCGCCGCUCGCGCUCCUGCCGCCGGGGACGUUACCUGUGGCGAUGUCGCUCCCGUUCCGGCUCCUUCAAGCGCUGCCAUCGCUGCGACAGACGCUAUAAAAUUCAUCGUCGAAGAUCCAGAUCUUAACAUUGCUCAAGAGACUCAACGCCAACUUUUCGGACUUUUUGUUACAUAUUUUUUUUUUUUAAUAAUACAACGUUUUCGUUCAAUAAUGUGUUUUAAUUAUUAUUACAAUUUUUGAUUUAUUUGAGAUUUGAGAUUAAAGUGUAAUUUUCUUUAACAGAAAA